AUCACGUGACCUUUACAUUCAAUUUUUUGGCUUGAGGCGAGGCAUCGUAUUGGUUACCAGUACGUCAGUGCCGAGAAGCAGAAAAUGGCUGAACGUAAUGGUAGGAAGGUGUCCUUUGUUUAAGUAAUUUUGAGUUGAUUUAGUAAAGUAAUAGGAAAUACUAAAAUGCCGAGCGCUUCGUUUACUUCUUCACGAUCUUACGUCAGGAGAUCUCGAAGGAAAGGUGCUAACAGGAUUCCUCUUCCAUCAAGAACAAGUUCAGCCGAGCCAUGUGAGCUGCCGUGCCAAGUCCCGAACCAGGGCAUCGUGGGCGCGUCGACCAGCGCCAUGCCGGCCACCGCCGCCUCCUCGUCCUCCGCGGGGCCCCAGGCUCCGGCCGGCGCCAGCUGCCCGGGACACCACUCCCCCUACGACCUGCGGCGCAAGUCCCCCCACCACGACCCGCCCCCCGGCGCCACGUCGCCCGCGCUGCCUGCCCGCAAGCGGCUCAGGCGCGCCUGCUCCGUCUCCACCGAGACGUGCGGCAGUUCCACGGCAGCGCACUACCUGCUGUACGAGCUGCCCGACGAGGUGCUCCUGGUGAUCCUGGGCUACCUGCUGGAGCAGGACCUGUGCCGCGUCAGCCAGGCCUGCCGGCGCUUCCAGGCCAUCGCCAACGACACCGAGCUCUGGAAGCGGCUGUACCAGCACGUGUUCGAGUACGACACGCCGCUGUUCAACCCGUCGCCGUGCUGCUUCGAGUUUGUGUCGCCCGAGGACGCGGAGCACGCCAACCCCUGGAAGGAGAGCUUCCGGCAGCUGUACCGCGGCGUGCACGUGCGGCCGGGGCGCAAGGACGCGGAGCUGAAGGGCCGCAGCAUCGCGCACUUCGGCUCCGUGCAGGCCGCGCUCGACCACUUCGAGGACCGGGGCGCCGGCUGCGACGCCAAGGAGAAGGACGGAGCCCCCGGCCUGGUGUUCCUGCACGCCGGCACGUACCGCAGGGAGUUCCUGGUGGUGGACACGGACGUGGCGCUCAUCGGCGCGGCCCCCGGCAACGUGGCGGAGUCCGUGGUGAUCGAGCGCGAGGCGGAGUCCACCCUCAUGUUCGUGGAGGGGGCCAAGCGGGCGUACGCGGGCCACCUCACGCUCAAGUUCUCGCCGGACGCCACCUCCGCCGUCCCCCACCACAAGCACUACUGCCUGGAGGUGGGGGAGAACUGCAGCCCCACCAUCGACCACUGCGUCAUCCGGAGCUCCUCCGUGGUUGGCGCUGCGGUGUGCGUGAGUGGCGUCGGAGCCAACCCCAUCAUAAAGCACUGCGACAUCAGUGACUGCGAGAACGUCGGCCUCUACGUCACGGAUUACGCACAAGGGACGUACGAGGACAACGAGAUAAGCCGCAACGCGCUGGCGGGCAUUUGGGUGAAGAACUACGCCAACCCCAUCAUGCGCAGGAACCACAUCCACCACGGCAGGGACGUGGGCAUAUUCACCUUCGAUAACGGGCUGGGUUAUUUCCAAGCGAACGACAUCCACAACAACAGGAUUGCCGGGUUCGAAGUGAAGGCCGGCGCCAACCCGACGGUGGUGCACUGCGAGAUACAUCACGGCCAGACGGGCGGCAUUUACGUGCACGAGAACGGGCUGGGCCAGUUCAUCGACAACAAGAUACACUCCAACAACUUUGCUGGGGUGUGGAUCACGUCCAACAGCAACCCCACCAUCAGGAAGAACGAGAUCUACAACGGCCACCAGGGCGGGGUGUACAUCUUUGGCGAGGGCCGCGGACUGAUAGAACACAACAACAUCUACGGGAACGCGCUGGCGGGCAUCCAGAUCCGCACCAACAGCGACCCCAUCGUGCGGCACAACAAGAUCCACCACGGCCAGCACGGCGGCAUCUACGUGCACGAGAAGGGCCAGGGCCUGAUCGAGGAGAACGAGGUGUACGCCAACACGCUGGCGGGCGUGUGGAUCACGACGGGCAGCACGCCCGUGCUGCGUCGCAAUAGGAUCCACUCGGGCAAGCAGGUCGGAGUCUACUUCUACGACAACGGCCACGGCAAGCUGGAGGACAACGACAUCUUCAACCACCUCUACUCCGGCGUGCAGAUCAGAACCGGCAGCAACCCCAUCAUCAGGGGCAACAAGAUUUGGGGCGGUCAGAACGGAGGGGUCCUAGUUUACAACGGCGGGCUGGGCUUCCUGGAGCAGAAUGAGAUUUUCGACAAUGCCAUGGCCGGUGUUUGGAUAAAAACAGAUUCUAAUCCAACGUUAAAGCGCAACAAAAUAUUUGAUGGAAGGGAUGGAGGAAUUUGCAUUUUCAAUGGUGGGAAAGGCAUGCUGGAGGAGAACGACAUAUUCCGGAACGCGCAAGCGGGCGUGCUGAUCUCGACCCAGAGCCACCCGGUGCUGAGGCGGAACAGGAUAUUCGACGGGCUGGCCGCGGGCGUGGAGAUAACCAACAACGCCACCGCCACCCUGGAGUACAACCAGAUCUUCAACAACAGGUUCGGGGGGCUGUGCCUGGCCAGCGGGGUGCAGCCCAUCAUCAGGGGUAACAAGAUCUUCAACAACCAGGAUGCCGUGGAGAAGGCCGUCGCAAGCGGCCAGUGCCUGUACAAAAUAUCGAGCUACACUUCGUUUCCUAUGCACGACUUUUACCGCUGCCAGACUUGCAACACCACUGAUCGCAAUGCCAUUUGUGUCAACUGCAUCAAGACGUGUCAUGCGGGCCAUGACGUGGAGUUCAUUCGACACGACAGGUUCUUCUGCGACUGCGGCGCCGGCACGCUGACGCACCAGUGCCAGCUGCAGGGGGAGCCCACGCAGGACACGGACACCCUGUACGACUCCGCCGCGCCCAUGGAGUCGCACACGCUCAUGGUGAACUGAGCCCCCCCUCUCCCCCGCAACGCGUGGAGCGCCGCGCAGAAUCUCCCUCUGUUUGAAAAUUUCUAAUUUAAAGCAUUAUAUCGGAGUGAUGUUCAUAGUGUAUUUAUUACGUGCCCGAGGUGAAACCCCGAUGAGCGACAGUAUUGUACAGUUCCAUUUCACCCUUCUUGAGGCAUCGUGUACAGAUGUAUUUGCUGCCUUCGUUAGCACCGCUGAGAGAAUGUGCUGAUCGUAGACUACCACCCUUCCCCCUCCCUUGCUCCUACCUUGUAAACGAGCGGCGAGCUCUGCAAUGUAGUUUCCUCGUGCGAUUUAGUCCAAUUGUUUCCAUGUUAUUAGAGUUUCGCUUGAUUCUCGUGUCGUGUGUUGCGCAUUUUGUAAACUUUUGUAUCGUUGCUGCAGAUUUAAUUGCAUCACUGUAAAGUUAUUGUAUUUUUUUUUUCCGCAAAUUUAAUUGUUGUUUAGGACAUUGUAUUUACAAAAAUUUGUCGCUGGUAAACUUGGAUACUUAAUGCUAUGUGUUGUGCUCUGAACCUUCAUUCGGGUUUGUUUUUAUCGAAAAUUAGGAUUUUGAAUCCUGAAGUAUAUAAAUCAAAGUUGGUGUGUAUUUGUGUUAAGCUGUCAAUGUUUUUUUUUCUCCUCCUCCCAAACAUUUUUGUGAGGUCCAGCUGUUGAAUGAUCAUCAUUUAUUUCGUUUUAAAUAUGUACAUAAUUACUGCCGUGUUUUGUUGUAGUUCGAUCAAUGUUGUAUAUUUAUAAACAUCUCUUUGUACAUUUUGUGUGUUUUUGACCUGUAAUAUCGUAGUUUCAUAACUUGUAUGUAUAUAAUGUUGGUGUGCGUUACAUAGUUUGGUUGAAUACCUACUAACAUCUUCCGUUGUGAAAUAUUGUGAGCAGUUUUUGUACAUAUUUCUGCAAACGCUGGCACUGUGAGAAGAAUACUGUAGUUUGCAGUUACUUUUUAAAUUUGGGUUUAAAGAAAAUUUCUUUGACAGACAUUUUGAUAAACACCCUUAAAUCCAUUUUCUUGCCAUUAAUAAUAUUUUGUAUGGAUUUAUCAUAGAGGAAUGGUAGUUGAUCUUUUGGGAGUCUGUGUUAUUGUACUAGUCACUUAUUUCAUGAAAUCAUACGUAAGUUGUGUAAUGCAACGAAAAUUUUUUUUGCAGUGUUACAUUAGUAUAUUUACGAUAAAAAAUGUUUGUGUAGUAAAAUUUUUGGGAGAAACUUUUUCAGAUACUUAUUGAAACUAGUAUAAGCUAAAUAUUUCACAAAUUUUAUAAAUACUUUAAUACUUUACCUGUCACGGAAGUCUUGGAAAAUAACGUAAGUUCACACAUGGGUGUGCGUAACGAUUUUUCUUCUUAUCGAGAUAUGUUUUGCGCUUUUCUGCCACUUUGGCUGAAAGCCAAUCUAUUUGUAAUUUUGUUUUAUCAAUUUGACUGCCCGCAUCAUGUAUUAAAUCCCUAAUGGAUGGUGGUUUUUGGUUUUGUGUUGUGCCUACCUCAAAAAUAAUGUAAUUAUUGGUAGGCAUGUUACAAAUAAAAAAAUUUAUCAACCGA